CACCGCUUGAUUCAAUAGUAUUGGUGUAUGCGAAUUCGAUGACAUUUCUCGAUCACAUUUGACUGUGUGUGCAACAGACUAAACAGUAACGUGAAACAGUGCGGUUGUUGCUUGUGUGACACGAAGAAAAAAUUGGCAAUUUUAUCGGAUAUAUCGGCACAAAAAUGGAAGAAAGUUCAGAUGAAUCGAUUGGUUGGGCGGAUUUAUCAAACGACAACAAUGAACCGGCCUUAUUUAUGUAUGCCAACAACGAAACAAAUUUCGAAGAAAACGUUCACAUCAAUGUCAGUGUUUUGAAUGUGAGCAAAUUAGAGAUCAGCGAUGUGCUAACCUCAAAAGCGAUUUUCAUCCAGAGUUUGCCAUUUGUCAUUCAAGUUGUACGAGAAAAGAAGGGUAGCGGGACAAAAAAGAAUAAGUUGAGUGUGCUGAAAAUUCGAUUGAAAGCCGAAAAGCAAAUUGAUUCGUGGUCAACUCGAAUUGCGGUUAAAUUACAUGCAACUGAAAGUGAAAAGCAUCCAAUCGCAAUCAAUGUAUCGUGCGAAACAGAUUGGGGCAGUGGUGAAAGUCAAACGUUGCACACGCUCGAAUGGGAAAGCGUCGCCGAAUUGAAAGAUCUUCUGUUUGAGAUCGAUAUUUCUGCUGAUUUCCCGAAAGGAUCUUAUGUUUGGCCAUCGCGCGAUGCAACCGGCUACAGUGGCCUCCAGAAUGAAGGUGCCACCUGUUACAUCAAUUCGUUGCUGCAGUCAUUAUUUUGCACAAAUGAAUUUCGUCGUCUUGUGUACGGUCUAGAGAUCGAACCAGAGGAUGUCAAUGAUUCAUUCGUUUUUUUGGCUGAAAUACAUAUUUUACGCGAUGCAGUUCGGUGGAUUGAGCAAAAUCCGAACAAUCAACAUGAUCCAAUGUUUUGAUUGGGAGGAAAUGACCACCACAGCGCAACAAGAUAUUCAUGAAUUCUUGCGGCUCCUGAUAGAUAAGCUAGGGCAGUUCGUCGACGGUACAGAAUUCAAAGAGCGCUUGACACAAUUGUUCGUUGGUCAAUUGGAAAGCACAAUCACAUGCAGUGAAGUCAAUUUCGAGAAGAAAAGGUCAGAAACGUUCUGGGAUCUUCAGCUGCCUAUCGAAGAUGAUGAUGAGAUAUUUGGAGCGUUUCGAACGUAUUUGCAGCCAACUAAAAUUCCUGAUUACGAACAUGAAAGUGGUAAAGUGGAAGCGAUACAAGAGUACAAGUUUACCAGUUUGCCGGCCAUAUUGCAUGUACAAUUGCGGCGGUUCAAUUUCAACCCAAUGACCAAAACAACAAGCAAAAACAACAAACGAUUCCAAUUCUACCCGCAGCUCGAUCUGAGUAUCUACUGUGAAGAUGCGAUAUAUACGCUACAUUCCAUUUUGGUUCAUUCGGGCAGAAACACGUCGGGUCAUUACAUGGCAUACGUUUGCCCAAAGGCCGAUGGUAAAUGGCUUAAAUUCAACGAUGAAACGGUUACCAAAUGUUCACUACAAGAUGCUGUCGAGGGGAACUUUGGUAACGACGAUGCGAGCACAAAAAACGCAUACAUUUUGGUUUACAUAAAAAAAUCGUGUAUUCCGAAUAUUCUUCGAGACAUCAUAUUGGAUGACGUCAUUUCAUUGGAUUUGAUCAAAGCCGAAAUGAGUAAACAGAAGAUGGACACAUUGUUCAAAGAAAAAUACAUUGAAGUUACCGUUCAUACGGCAGAGAAGCUUCAAAUGAGUGACAAUCUCAAGUGCGGUAAAUUGCUUAUGGAACAACGAUUUGGUAUGACAUUCACGAUAGCAAAGAACAAGAGUUUUGGUGAUUUGUUACUGCUAUUAAGAUCUGGAUUCGGUCUGAGCGAUACAAAAAUUGGGUUAUGGUUUAUAACCUCAAAGAAAUAUUGCAUACGUUCAUUUGAUAUUCAAGCGAGAUUGAACCAAAUAAUCAGCAGUGUAGUCAAGAAGAAUUCGCUUAAUCUGUUCAUGGAGCUCCUGUCAUUCGAGGAGCCUAACGCGAAUAUCUUCGAUAUGCAGAAGCACGCAUUGAUUUUUAUCAAGGAAUACGAUCCAUCAACUGAAAGUCUGACAUUCGUCGGUCAUCGGUAUUUUGAAUUGGAGCAAACAGUUGACGAUUUGCGAGCAUUCAUUCGAGAGACUAUAUACUAUGAAGGCAACGAUGAAGAUAUGGCCAUCAUUGUGGAAACGGGCUUCGACGAAAACUAUCGCCAAAAUGUGCUCGUCGAUCCAAAGCAACUCAUUCAAAAGUUUGCUACAAAAAAUGUUGACACGUUCUCUGCAUUCGUCACUAUUGAAGUAUUGAAUUCAAAUCGAAAACCAAAGUAUCUGUCAGCAUUUUCUAAUCUCCAAAGUCCAGUUGAUCUAUCACCAGUGAAUCAAAUCCGAAAACAAAUAGUAACAGAUCUGGAUAAUGGCAUCAUUAUAACCGUCAAUCAUGGAGAAUGCGAGCUGUUCUCAGAGGAAUUUGACAUUCGUACCAAUCUCGAUGGAAUCAUUGAACAUAUUUGUAAUAUCCUUAGUAUCACAUGUGAUUGUGUUCAGCUUUUGGACGAACAGAAUAAUAUCAUUGAGAAAGAUUUCCUCGGUGAAACCAUUCAAAAUUUCACCAAAGGACGUUUCAAUAAACUUAUGCGAACACGUAAUCAGAAGCAGACGGGAUUGGUUUUUUCGUGCAUAGUGAUUGAACAUCGGGAGAACCCACCAUCAGACAAAACCGAUCUUGAAUUCAACACGUCAUCAUUUGCUGAACGAAUGGAGUGCGAAUCUCAAAGUGAUUCAAUACAACUGAUUGGUUGUGCAGACGCUCAGAAGCGUUUUACUCCAGUACCCUUCAUGGUGAAGUUGGAAAAUCUACACGACUCAAGUGAUUCAAUGACUUUGGAUUGUGAAAGAGGCGAAACGUUACAAUCUAUUUUAGACCGAUUUUCAAACAAAGUCGAUAGAAAACUAUCGGAACUCGUAUUUUCGAAAAAAGAUUCCGAAUUAUUUGAGAAAUCAGCAUACAAGUGUGCAAUCGAACAGUUGGCUGAAUGUGAUGAUGCGGAUCAUGUUGAAAUCUUCUACGAAGUGAAGGACGAUCGGUCAUGGAAACGGGCUCCCAACAAAAAGUCAUCGCCUGACCCUAUAGUAGUUUCAAUCACCGGCGAUCGGGACACAGUUAAAGAACACAGAAUACAAUUUGAAGAUCGCCUCACGGGAAAUUGCGAAAUCGAUUUAGAAUUUAGUGCUAGAGCUCGUCUAUCAGCAGCGAUCGAACAAAUAGUCCAGGUCAUGGAAUUGAAUAGAUCAAACACACAUUUUUUCAACUCAAAAGGCGAACGGAUUGACGAAGAUAUGAUGAACACCACGGUAGCCAAGUUUUUGGCGAAAAAUUCCCCAAAAAUUGCAUACAAAUUGGCAAAUUCGCAGGAAAUCCAAUUGCAAUGCGUUCGACCGAAUGGAACUAAAGCAGAUGAACAGCGUUUUCAAAUCGACGAGAACACAACGGUUGGACAGCUCUGUGAGAAAAACUGCCCUAACGGUCUGCUGCAAAAAGUCACGAAAAUAACUAAUGGCCACAUAGUCGGGAUUUUACCAGCCGAGACUAAGGCAGUUGAUUUGAGUAGCGAUGGACAUGAGUAUCGAAUCAAUCAGUUUUUCCAUGGAAUUGCGUUGGGCAAAGAUCGGCUUUUGGUCAGUGUAUCGUUUUUGGGAAAUAAUCGACGGAAGCGUUUGCCGAUCUUAGUCGAAGUAUCAAAUGGUGAAACAUUUUUGGCAUUAGGCCUGAGAUUGAUGCAAAUCCUCCUCGUGAAUAUGCAUAAUAAGCCAAAAUUCGAAUUCAAUGUUGAUCCAAAGUGGACACACACACCAGAAAAUGAAACCAUUCUGGUGGCACCCAGUGAUUUAAACGACAUUCCAUUGGUCUGUGUUCUGAAUGAUAUUUAAUUUCACUUCAAAAAUAUCGAAUUUAUCCGUUUAGAAACGAUAAAAAUCACAAACUAUGUACAGUGUACACCUACAAAGAAGAAAAUAGAUAGAAUACUCUAAUGUACAAUGCAGGCAUAAGUUAAGAAACUUUUAUAAAUUAAAUAAAGAAACAUUUGUUCUGUCAAACAUUGAAAAAGAAAA